CAAUAAUCAGCUUUUUUUACUAUCUAGUUGGAUAUGGAGAUAUUGCUGCCACAAAUUAUAUUGAGGCCAUAUAUAUUUCAGUCACUAUGAUUUUCUUUAGUUGUGUUUUUGCGUAUUCGAUUAACAACAUAGGAUUUAUUUUACAAGAAAUUGAAAAAUCUUCUAAAUAGCUUAAUGAUGAUAUUGCUACAAUUCAAAGAUAUCUAAUCAGAAAAGGUGUUAAUAUAUAGCUUAAAAGUAGAGUAAGAAAUUACUUGUAAUUUUUAGCUCAUGAAUAGAAAGAUAGAGAUAAACAAGCGGAAGAUAAAAUAUUAUCUGUACUUUCUAAUAAAUUGAGAGAAGAAAUUAUAUCUUAAAUAAAUUAAAAAAUUCUAAACAGCAAUUUUAUAUUUAUCUCAAAUUUUUCUUAAUCAACUUUGAGCAAAUUAUUGUUUGUAAUGGAAGAAAUUUAGGUUAAUCCAAAUGAAGUUAUAAUUUCUGAAUAUGAGUAGGAUGAUUCCUCAAUUUAUUUUAUUUAAAACGGAAUUAUUGAAAUUUAUCAACAGUAAAUAUAAAAAGAAAAUAAGAAAAACAUGAUUAAAGUUUUGAAGGAUGGCUAGAUAUUUGGAGAAUUGUCGUUUUUUUCAGGUCUUCAAAGAUAAGCUUCUGCUAGGAGUGUGAAUUUAUCAACACUUUAUAAAAUAAGAAGAGAUAUUUUUAUUGAAAUAUUAAGAGAAAAUGUUGAAGAUUUUGAAAGAUUUAAAAUGAUUCAAGACCAAAUAAUAUUUUAAAAUGAAUUAUCUUCUAUUCAUAUAGAAUGCUACAAUUGUAAAAAUGUGGGACAUGUAGCUGCUUAAUGCCCAAGAAUUCACAAAAUUAAAGAUUAAUAGCUUAUUAUCUUAAGGUAAAAUUAUUCUAAUUUUUAGGAGAGAGCUUAAUUUGAAAGAAAUAGAAGAAAAUAUGUUUCAAAUUCAAGAAAUUAGAUUUUAAAAAACCAAGCAAUUUGCAAUCUUUUAAAGUUUAACUUAAAAUAGUAAAACGAUUAACGCUUUCUUCUUUUUAAAACUUAUGAAAUAAUUUUAACUUCUGAAGAGUAUUCAAUAUCUUAAAGUUAAAGCGAAGAGGAUGAUGAUGAUGAUGAUGAAGAAUCUGCAUCAUAUGUUCAAUAAAAUUUUGAUGAUUAAAUAAAUGAUAUUUAUUCAAAAAUUUUGCAAAAAUCAUUUACAAGAAAAAAAACAGAAUAGUUUUCAAAAAAUUAAAAAAAAACUAGCAUUGAAGAAAACUAGUGCUCUUAUUAAAAUUAAGAAAAAAUAAAUGAAAAUAGUUAGAUUUCAUCAAACUUAGAAAAUUAAGAACAUAAAAAAUCAGUUUUUAAUAUUUCAGCUUCUGAUGAGAAGAUAAAAUCAUUAGAAAUAUUAGAAAAUUUUAAUAAUUCCAACCCUAAUUUACAUUUUCGCCAAAAAUAAUUCUUUACUCAAUAAUUCAAAACUAUUAAAAAAAAAGAUUAAAAUGUACAAGAAAUUAAUAAUUUAGAAUGUGAAAAUGAUAAAAAAAAAGACUCUAUUUCAAUGAAUUUUUAAAAAUUAGACUAAUUAAAUUCAGAAAUUCAUAAUUAAAUUUAAAUGGAUUAAUAAUAGCUUGAAUAUAUAACAUUUUUAUAAGAGUAAAUUUUGCUUAUGAAUAAGUUUUUUACCUGUUAGAUAUUGGAUAAAAGAAUUUCGUAAUAACAAUAAUAAUAACAACCACCUAACUAAAAUAGCAACUAAGAUACUUUAGAUGCCUUUCUUAAAUAAAAUAAUUCAGAUUUAAGAUAAAAGAGUUAAAAAAAUGAAAAUUAAGAGAAUAAAUAUAGUUUUAUUAAAUUGUUUAGAGAUUUAAAAGAAAAAAGGCUUAGUAGCAAUGAGCAAAAUUAAAAUUAAUUAAACUAAAAUAUAAAAAAUAAAUAGAAUAAUUUCAUCUCAAAUCAAUUUAAUUAAAAAUAAUAAAAUAUUUAGAAUAAUUAAAACAUUCAAAUUAAUGAUAAAUUUUCUAGUAUUUUAUAAGAUUCAAAAAUACCUUUAAUUUUACAAUUAAGUAAUUAUAAAAGCUUUUUAACUAUUGAUAAUGAUGCUUCAUCUAUUAUAAUAAACUAAUUUGAUAAAAUGCAGAAUUUUAAAAAGUAUUUUCCUCAUAACAAUUUCUAAAAAGUAAAUCAAAGUUAAAAAAAAUAUCAAAAUGAAUAAAAAAAAAUAAAGAAAAAUAAUUAAGGUCUGAAGUAACGCCGCUUCGGACUAUGCAGUAAUAUAACUACCUCAGUAUAUUAAGGCGAUUUUAAUAUAAUUAAGCUUUUCCCUCAAGAUUACAAUAUAAAUUUAUACAAGCCAACCUAUCUUUCAUAUGGAGUAAAGAUAUAGAAAGGGAAUGUUUUUCCCAAAAACUUUAAUUCACUCCAAAAAAAUUGAACUUUUUAAGGAAAUAAAUAAAACUUGUUAGCAGCCGUGAUCUUUUAAAAAUAGAUAUGAAUCAGUAAAUUUUAAAAAGAAUUUAUUAGAAAUAAUAUUAAUAUAAGAUUUAAUUUAUUAAUAAUAUCUUAAAAUAUAUAUAGUAAAAAAUAUAUAUUAUAUUUCCUGAUUUUUAAAUUAAUUAUUUUAAGUAAUUGGUGCUAAUUAUUGAGAAAUAUAAUUAAACUUAAUUUAAUUGGUUUCUUAAUAUAAUUUUCCCUGAUUAAUAAGAAUUGAUAA